AGCCACCAGGGCUCCGGGGGUGCUGACCAACAGGGCUGGUCUAGGACCUGGCCGAUCGCGCCCCCGAGUGCCAUUGCUGGCAACAAUGCCAUCAGUUGCUGGCUUGGCCGCGGCGGUGGCGGUUUUGGCGGCAAACCCAUCCACGGUGCGAGCAGGGAAGGACACCCAUACGUACAAGAAAGGCGAGGACGUGGUGGUUUGGACAGACAAAGUUGGUCCUUACAACAACCCGCAGGAGACGUACGAAUACAGCACGCUCGGUUUGUGCGAGUUGGAAGGUGAGGACAUUGCCGUAGAGCAGGGCGAGCUGUCAAUUGGUGAGACUCUCGAAGGACACGCAUUUUUCUCCUCACCCAGGUUGGACAUCCACUUUGGGCAGAGCAAGCCCCCAACCCCGCUAUGCAGCAUGGUGUUGAGUGACGAGAAAGCGAAGGCGCUUGAUGCUGUGAUCAACGACAACUAUUGGUACCAGCUCUACAUAGACGACUUGCCCAUUUGGGCGUUUGUUGGGGAGCACUCCAAGUUUGCCCUUGAUGUUAGCCGGUUCUCAAUGAUGUACCGGGACAACAACAAAUCAUUGCAGUUGCCAACGGGAUCAGCUCCUCCGGUUCCCAAACACUUGAAGGGCAAGCCGCUUCCUCGCAUUUACACUCAUCGGCACUUCACUCUCUUCUACAACAAUGACCAGAUUAUUGAGGUUGACAUGGAGCCAUCCAGCCCAUGGCCCGUCUACCCUGGUGCUCCGCUGAACUUCUCUUACACUGUUCUUUGGUUUCAGACCAACAAGGAGUUCAAGGACAGAACGAAUCGAUACCUGGACCCAAAGUUCUUUGAGCACAAGGUCCACUGGUUUUCGAUUGUGAACUCCUUCAUGCUGUGCCUAUUUCUGUGCGCUGUUGUUGCCAUCAUCCUGAUGAAAACGCUGAAGCGGGACUUUACUCGAUAUUCUGCCAGUGAAGCUGAAGAAUUGGAAAACUUGGACGGCGUUGGUGAUGAGAGUGGCUGGAAGCAAGUCAACGGUGAUGUAUUCCGGAAGCCAGACCAUUUGGCAAUCUUCACUGUGGUGUAUGCCUCGGGCUGCCAUUUGGCAUGCACCGUCUUCAUUGUGCUCAUCUUUGCCAUAUGCAAUUCGUACUAUGCAUCACGUGGAGCAACAGCUGGUUCAUUUGUCAUAGCAUAUCUUUGCACGGUUAUCGUUGGUGGCUACGAGGGCGGUAGAAUAUUCAGAAUGUUUGGUGGCCAGCAGUGGAAGAGGACAAUGGUUUACCAGUGUCUAUUUAUGCCCGGACUUGUGUUUCUUAGCUUCAUUGUCAUCAAUACCACUGCUAUCUUCUACAGAGCGACCAUGACAGUGCCGUUCAAGACAAUUUUCAUCAUUCUGAUUUUGUUUCUUGCCGUGUGUGUGCCGCUGCACACAGUUGGGACAUUGCUUGGGCGAAGAGCAGCUUCCGAGCGUUCUUUCCCCUGCCGUGUUCACCACUUGAAGAGGCCCAUUCCAACAAAGCAUUGGGCAUUCACACCCAUCAUGACGAUGGUUGCAGGAAUUGUGCCCUUUGGGUGCCUCUUCAUCGAGAUGUACUUCAUUCUGUCGGCAGUUUGGAGCCACAACAAGAUCUACUAUGUCUAUGGCUUCAUGUUUGCCAUCCUGGUGUUGCUUUGCUUGGUAAUUGUGUGUGUAAGCAUCACUUGCACCUACAUCCUUCUCAACGCAGAAGAUUACAGGUGGCAGUGGCAAUCGUACCUUAGUUGUGCAGCUACAUCGCUUUAUGUUUUUGCGUACACCAUUCAUUACUUCUACAAUUCCACACAGAUGUCUGGUUUUCUGCAGACGGUAUACUACUUUGGCACAUCGCUGAAUUUCUGCAUUGGCCUAGCUCUAUUUUGUGGCUCAUUGGGCUUUAUUGGCGCCUCAAAGUUUGUCUUCCUCAUAUACAGCAACAUCAAGGCGGAGUGAAUUAGCAGGCCAGUAAAUCGUGGCUCUGCAUGCUGGGCUUGAACAAGGAGUGGCAUCCCGCGCAAGGUAUGGUUCAAAACA